CCCCUCCAACAGAAAAAAGAGGGGGAUUUUUUCUCCUCUCUUGAAACAGGCUUGAGGGUGGUUUUGGGUCACAGACCUCCUGAAGUGGCAAGACCAAAGAACCAAGGUCCUGCCUGCAGCACUUACUGCCUUGCCCUGAUCUUGUAUCACAUCCCUCGGGUUUGAAUUUGUUGUGUCCUUCUUGCUGGUCUUCGAUGUCCUAAAAGUCCCUGGGUGGGGACCAUGCAGUGCCUUAGCCACUGUGUUUUCCCGGCAGGAUGCUGGGGGUGGGUGCCUGCCACUGUUCCCCCUGCUCCAUGCAGCCCUCCUGCCCCCCUGCCAUGGCACAGCCGGGCCAGGGGACAGUGGGAUGCUGCUGCACGGCUGCUGACCACCGCAGGAGCUCCAGGCUUCGGGCGGGGGGGGGCUGGAGCAGGUCCCCUGCUCACGUGCACUCUCAUUUGUGCCACUUGCAGAGUCCUGUGCCCGCGGGGAUGUCGGAGGGCGGCCGGGGCCGUGUCGAUAGGAGCACGCACAGCCAAGGGCGGCGGGGCCUGCGUUGUGUAACUCUCCGUGAGGCUCUUCACCAGGGGCAUGUCACCCUGUCCCAAUGCCACCAGACUUGUCAUCCUCCCCAGUGCCACCAGACUUGGCCCCUGCCCCAGCCACGGGGUCCUUUUGCUCUGUGCCCUCCCGUUGCCAUCACGGCCACCCAGCCAUGCCAGGAUGCUGUCUGAUGUCUAUUUUUACCGCCCAAGGGAUGCUGGUGGGCAGAACCAGCACCCCAGGGGUUCUGCAGGCUGUUGUGGGUGGCAGCAGCAUGACACCACUUUUACUUCCCCAAACCUUCCUGUGACAGCAUUUUGGGUUUGCCUGCUAGUGCCCUUCUCCUUGUCAGCCCAUGUGUGCACACAGCAGUGCCCGGGCUCGCCAACGCCGGGCUUUGCACUCGCCUUGUUCAUUGUAGGGUUGCACAAGGACACACGUGGGGGUUGUUAUUUUAGGGCAGGCCAAAAAAAAAUAGGGAUCCCUUCAUUGCUGUUGUGAUCCUGCAGUGUGUGCCUGAGCCACCCACCAGGGACCUGCUCUGUGCAAAGGAGCAGAGGGGGAACACGGGCAGAUGUGCACCAAACCUUGAUGGUUUAAAAAUGACCUUUAAAAUGCCUUAAAUGCCCAGAGCUCUGCCACAGGGUCUGUGUCUGCUGAGCCCCUUAACAACAGAACCCGAGGUUGGGGCACAGAAAUUAUGAAUCAUUUUAAGGGUGUCUGUCUGGCUCCUUCAUGGCCACCUCAAUUCGAACAGGGCUUUCCAAGCAAGGUGGGUGGCCUGGGAGGAACAAUGGGAGCCCUGGGUGGUGGCAAUGGGUGCCCUGGGAUGUGGCAGUGCAGUGUCCCACAGCACAUCGCCCCCAGGCUGUGGGCUACCAACAUCAGCGGAUGCUGACGUCGGGCAGAGAUUUGACUUCUUGCUGCCAGGGCCAGGCUGAGAGGGCACCCAUGGCUGGUCCCCGUGGGCAGGGAAUGAGGGAGGAUUAAUUGAGUCUCUGAUCUCUGACGGCGAGAGGGGACGAGAGCAGUGACCCCCCCAGCGUUACGCAACGUCUGUGCUAAAUCUUCGUGCAGCAGAUAAAGACGGUCCCCAAAAUACCCUGCCCUGCCUUUGCUGCCCUUCAGCUACUUGGGUUUGGGGUCAUGCCUGAAGUUUGGGGUUGUCCAGCUCUCCAGUGACAGCAAAGAAGCAUUGAAAAGGCAGAAGCAUUGGGAUAGAAACUUGUUACCCCCUGGGAAGACGAUUUCCUCCGAACAGGCUUUGCUUGAGGAAUAAGAGCUUUAAAGGGAGCCCUUACAGGAUUUUGAAGACACUGAAACUCAUGAACUGCUGCGGGCAGAGCCAUGAGCUGGAGGAAAACAAAUAGCUGCAACAACAGUGCAAGGGCCUUUUUUGUCUUGAAGAUGCUGGACAGCAUCACGAGUGUGCCAGGGGAGUUGGACAUCCCCAGCAGAAAAGGAGGGUGAUUUUUCAUCCUCUCCUGAGAAGAUGGGGUUUGUGUCACGGCCGUCGUUAAACAGCAAGAACAAAGUGGUCUCGCCUUGGAACACCGACUGCCUGACACCACUGUCUGAUCCACCAGUUUGGAAUGUGUCUCAUCCUUCUGGCUGGUCCUUCACUUCCCAAAAAUCUCUGAAAUCCCCUCCAAGCUGCUUCUAUUCCAACACCCCUGGGACCGCUAAGGCAUCGUGGGCUCCCCACCAUUGUCACACGGCCAUUCCCCUCCCUUCCCCUUGGAAAUGCCACUGAAGGUGCACAUCCCCCUCGCUGGCGGUGGCUCCCCGGGGCCGCGGCCGAGGUGCCAUCUCCUGUACAUGUAGGGAAGAAGCGAGGCUGUAAUCUGAGCUGGGCAGCAAUUAGGCAGGACACCGGCAAAGCCCCCGCCGCCCGCCCGCUCCCUCGGCCGCCGGCACCGGGCUCAGCAUCUGCGGCUCUCGCUGCCACCGAGGGAGCCUCUCACAGGAUCCACGUGGUGACGUGGCAGCCAAGACGUGGAAGUUUGGGACUUCUCUUCCACUGCAGCAGAAUUUGGGGGGUGGGCAGGGGUGGGUCAGGGGGACACUGGGAGUCGCAAGACCCUUCACCUUCACUGUGGGCUUGGCUCAGGGAUGACAACGGGCAGAGUCAACCCUUACAGCAUCGUGUCCUCCGAGGAAGACGGGCUGAGGUUGACCACCAUGCCAGGUAUCAACGGCUUUGGCAAUGGGAAAAUCCACACCAGGAGGAAAUGCAGGAACAGGUUUGUAAAGAAGAAUGGUCAGUGCAACGUGGAGUUCACCAACAUGGAUGACAAGCCACAGAGGUACAUUGCAGACAUGUUCACCACGUGCGUUGACAUCCGCUGGAGGUAUAUGCUCUUGCUCUUUUCCCUGGCAUUUCUGGUGUCCUGGUUGUUGUUUGGGCUGAUUUUCUGGCUAAUUGCACUCAUUCAUGGAGACCUAGAAAACCCGGGUGGAGACGAUACUUUCAAGCCUUGCGUUCUGCAGGUCAAUGGCUUUGUGGCUGCUUUUCUGUUCUCCAUCGAGACCCAAACGACGAUUGGGUACGGCUUCCGCUGCGUGACCGAGGAGUGUCCGCUCGCCGUCUUCAUGGUGGUGGUUCAGUCCAUCGUGGGCUGCAUAAUCGACUCUUUCAUGAUUGGUGCAAUAAUGGCAAAAAUGGCCAGGCCCAAAAAACGGGCCCAGACAUUACUUUUCAGCCAUAAUGCAGUAGUGGCAAUGAGAGAUGGAAAACUCUGCCUGAUGUGGAGAGUUGGGAACCUACGGAAAAGCCACAUAGUAGAAGCCCACGUACGAGCUCAGCUAAUUAAGCCCAGGAUCACAGAGGAAGGGGAGUACAUCCCGCUCGACCAAAUAGACAUUGACGUGGGGUUUGAUAAAGGCUUGGACCGUAUUUUCUUGGUGUCUCCCAUCACCAUUCUCCACGAGAUCAACGAAGACAGCCCCUUGUUUGGGAUCAGCCGCCAGGACUUGGAGACAGAUGACUUUGAGAUCGUCGUCAUCCUGGAGGGCAUGGUAGAGGCCACGGCCAUGACGACGCAAGCUCGGAGCUCCUACCUGGCCAGUGAGAUACUGUGGGGCCACCGCUUCGAGCCCGUCUUGUUUGAGGAGAAAAACCAGUACAAAGUAGACUAUUCCCACUUCCACAAAACCUACGAGGUCCCGUCCACGCCCCGUUGCAGCGCCAAGGACUUGGUGGAGAACAAAUUCCUGCUGCCCAGCACCAACUCCUUCUGCUACGAGAACGAGCUGGCCUUCAUGAGCCGCGACGAGGAAGAGGAAGACGAUGACAGUCGGGGUCUGGAGGACCUCAGCCCGGACAACAGGCACGAGUUCGACAGGCUUCAAGCCACAAUAGCGUUGGAUCAGCGGUCGUACAGGAGGGAGUCAGAAAUAUGACUCUUGGUCCUUCCGUUGACUUUUCCAAGGGUAUUUUUUUUCCUCCUCUAAUCUCUUCCCCUACAACCCGCUCAAAUUAUGCAGAACAAUGCAAGUGCCAUAGGAAUGCUUGAGAAAUUAGUAUCGUUCAUAGUUUUCAGUUUCAUCGCAAUAACCACUGAGCGGUCUGCAGAGGGGACGGUGGCAGGCCACGGCGCGUCCCCCGCGCCCAGCGCCCGCGGCGGGGCCCACGGCUCUGGGGGAUGGAUGGAUGGAUGGAUGGACAGGUGGAUGGAUGGACAGAAGGAAGGAUGAGGAGAGGAGGGUCCGUGGGGCGUGGGCAGGUGCUCGCCCCGCGCGGCCCCGUGGGGCUUUGCUCUCCCCGCGGGGAAAAAGCCAGUGUUGUCCUGGAGCCGAGCACUGCGAGAUCCAAAAAAGAGGAAAUAUCAGGAAACAAAUCUUACUCUCUCUCUUUCUCUCUUUCUUUUCUUUUCUUUUCCUUUUGUUUUUUAACUGAGCAGCAACAACAAAACAAUUGCUCCUUCGGCAGGCGGUCUGGUUCAGUUGCACAAGAACAACACUUGAAAUAACAUGCAACAUUAAUGUACUUGUUUUUAAUUUGGGGGAAAAACAGGGGAGGGAGGUGAGAGGGUUUUUAAUAUUUUCACCACACCGUUUGGGAGACUGUUUACCAAAAUAAUAAUAAUUAUUAUUAUUAUAAUAAUUAUAACAAUAAUAAUAAUAUUAAAUCUGAAAGAAGUCAUUCAGUAUUUUUUUAGAAAUGAACAAGGGAAUGAAGAAGCCACCGGGGUCCUUUGAGGGAGUGACUUGUUGGGUAAAUGCAAGAGCCAAAAAUUAAGAUUGCAUCCAAUUUUGGGGUGUGUUUUUACCACUGGCUUGGCUUCAUAUGCAGAAAACAGAUGUAAGUGACUGUAGGUGCGUGGCAGUGAAAGAAAGUAGUGGAAUUAUUGACAGAGGAGGUAAUAAGGAUAAGCAGGGCUGUGAGAGAAAAAAGCAUUGUAAACACGGUAAUUAGCCAAUUUCUGGAAAUGUUGGAUUUUGGGGUGGAAAUGGGGUCUGGAACAUCAGCUGCCGAAGUGUUGGGUCUCCCCCAACAUCUCUGAUGAGGAAUUCAUAAGGUUCACCAUAACUGGGAUGGAACAGUGAAAAGCACAAAAAUGAGAGUGGAGAGCACUCAAACCUGGGUAUUUCCCCACUUUUCUGACCAAUUCGGUAUUUUUCUUCCUUGAAGAAUAUUUUCAAACAUGGAAAUCAAUGGGAAAGUCAUCUUGUUGAGCUGCACUUCUAGUCCUGGAGCUGUGUCCAUGCCAGGCUGGGCUUUAUGAAUUCCCAACCCACCAGAGAGUCCUGCUUCAGAGGCAGAUGUUCUCCCCAAAACAACAGAUGCCAGUUGAGAAAAUCAUCCCAUCUUGUGCUUCAGCCCAUCCCUGCGUCCCAGCCUCAAGGUGGAUUGUGCCUUAGAGAUGCAAACUCAUCCCGUGUCCCAGCCCUUCUCCACAGCCUCCAUCCUGCAUCCCCCCCUCUUGCUCUGCAGCACCCACAUCCCAUCAUCCACCACCUUUCAGGCUGGCCUCGGUGACAACCUGCUUUAGCUUUGGCUCCAGCACAAGGCAGAGCACCCCAUGCGUGGGAAGGGUGCUUCCCUCUGCUCCUGCCCUGCUCCCCACAGAGGGAAGGAGUCAGGUUUGUGGGUCCCUCCAUCUGGCAGUGCUGCUCGUUGGUGCUCUGGGAGCCAAAUUCUGGCUCCCUGCUCCUUGUGGCCGUGGGAAGGGCUUUGUACCCAUGGGCAUCCCUCAUCUGACCCUGGGCAUGGAGCCCUUGGACACAGGGCUCAACAGGGGGUCCUCCACAGCAUUUGGGCUGUGAUGGGCUCCCGGUGCUUUUCCCCCCACAGCCCACACCAGGGAAGCCGUGUCUUGGGGUCAGGACUUGCUGUGGCGUGUCCAGGCAUGGGAGGCAGAGGCAGGAUUUGUCCUGUGUCCUCAUCCCCAUCUUCUUUUUGCCAAGGGCUCUGGGGAACAGCUGCCCCGAGUGUCCCACUGCCCUGUGCCACCAAGCACGGUGUUGGGGACCGGGACAUCAUCCCUGCAGAGCUUCUUCCCACCAGAGUCUGUCACCAUCACCCCACGCUGCCCACCAAGGCGCUGCCCUGUUUUUGGCUUCCUCUAAAAACCACUGGGAGAAAAGCUUCUCCAGGGGCAGCACUGGGAGGCAGCUUUUACAGCACUGAGUGCCCCAAAUGCAUUGUCCCCAAAAGUGGGGACACGUAGGGACAUGCCACUGAGCUCCAGCCAUGACAAUUAUGUUUCUAAGGCAGUGAAGGUGGAUGCCAUCCCAUCACCAAUUCCUUUGCUCCUGGGGGGAUGCUUUUACCCCCUGCUUUUUGCACCACAGCAUCUGGGGGGUGGGAAGGAUGGAGGGGGGGGGCAGAGAGAUUUUGUGUGAGCACUACUUAUUUAUUUUUUUAAAACAAAUGCUUUUAAGUGGUUUUAGGUUCUUUUGAAUAAAUAAUAAUUAUUAAAAAAAUAAAAGGUGCACAUCUUGCUGCUGUAGAGUUCUCAGAGGGUUAACUUCUUUAUAAAUAAAUAUAUAUAUAUAUAUAUAUCACAGUAAAUAUUUGUAUAAAAAUGAAAGAGAAAUAGAGAUGUCUUUAAGUAAAUUAUUGCUUUUAAAGAAACUUCUAUGAUUGUACAGUGUUACCUGGGAGAAUAGAAUAAUAUAUACAGAUGCAUUUUUAAACUGCUGUGUAGGAGGAUGUGAACUGGGACAGGGAGCACCUGUGGCUGGCACAGUGAGGGGAUUUUGGACCUUCCCUGGCCCCUGUUCACACACCCCCUGCCCCAAGCCCUGCUAGUGAGGGUCUAGCUCUGGUGAGAUGUCCUCUAUCUACUGUAUAGUCCUUGUCCUGACCAUGGACCACGCCGGUACAUAGUGUAUAAAUAUUAUUUUUGCCUACCUGUGAGAGCCCAGAGCUAGUGGUCUUUUUUCCUACCACCAGGGAGAAUUGGGAAGGCUGCCCAUCCAUAGCUUAAAUCCCAUCAAUCGUCAAAGAAAGGGGGAAAAAAGAAAACAAAAAAAAAAAAAGGUGGGAAAAGCCCAAGUUCAGCACUUGGGUUUCCUGAGGGGGCUGGGAAGGCACAGGGAUGCUUUGGGGGUGUGGGUUUUUGUGGAGUGGAAUCCUUGUGGGAAGGGGCUUGGAGAGGAGCAAGGUGAAAAAAACAGCCGCCAGCCAUUUCCUCCAGCCAGCUCCAUCCCUGGAGUUCACCCCGGCGUUACACUCGAUCCCUGAGGGAUGGCAGGAGACAGGAGAGAGCCGCUGAUCCCCUUGGCAGCAUCCCGCGGGGAUCGCCCUGGGCCGGGGCUCGGGCAGCUCCCCAGGCCGGGGGUCGGGGCUGCCCCUGCUGCUGCUCCAGGGUGGCCUCACCCCAAACACUCCCCAGAGAGGGCAGAAAGCAGCGGCAUCCCCACACCCUGAAUCCACCUCUGGGAAGAGCAUCCUGUGCCCUGAGGGGUCCUCCCUUGGCCGGGGGGGCCGUCGGGACGAGCCUUAGCUUCUCAUCACCGAAUUUAGUGCACUUUGUCUUUUAGGGCUGGGACAAUCACUUAGCGCUCAACCUUUCACGAUUCGGUGCCUGCUUGACCUUCAAACCUUUUGUAGGAGAUGAUUUCAGAGCCACCUUUUCUAUCUUUAAUAAGGCAGAACAAAUACGUUUAUUUUUAAACCCUCCUGCUCUUCCCUUUCCUCUCGUGCUGACAACCAAAAGAGUCCCCUGUGUGUGUGUGUGUGUGUCCCCCUCCCAUUCCUUGCACACAGAAACGAGCGUGUGGCAGCUGCGGCUGUGUCCAGCACUCCAGCCACAUCCUGCUCUCCCACCCCUCCGAUUCAGGAAUGCUGCCACGGGGGGGUUGGCACAGGGCAGGAUCCAGAUGCAUCAGGAGCAGGGACAGGAUGUGGGACAGCGCCCAACCCGAUGCCACCCAUCCCCUCGGCCGCCAGCUGUGCACAUCUGUCCUGCUGCCCACUCCCAGGGCACCUUGUCCCCUCCAUCUCCCCCCCCAAACACGCCCCAGUGCUCCCCCAGGCUUGGCCCCGCGUGGGUUUGGGGACAGAGACCUGGCACCAGUUCACGGGGCGGGCUGGCAACUGGGAGCACUGGUUUCCCAGGGGUGAAACGCUGAGUGUGCUCGCUGGGGCAAUGGUGGUAGAGAAGCUGAGGGAUGCAAUGAAGUAUCUGUACCUUUUCCACCUCCGGUGUUUCUCUGUCUCAUUGCACAUAUAUUUGAGAUAUAUGUGACAAUGUAUAUAUAUAUUUGUAAAAUGUAUUUCAGAUGACAAAACUGGCCAAUUUUAUGUUAUUUUAAAUAUAUUAUAUAUAUUAUAUAUAAGAGUCUCCAAAAGAUAUAAAUAGACUAGA